AGGAAUGUGAAGCGAACUGAAGCUGGGUAACUUUAUUUAAGCCCGAGGAGAUUUAGCUUGCUUCACAGUAAACCCCUCAGGAAUGUGAAGCGAACUGAAGCUGGUAACUUUAUUAAAGCCUGAGGAGAUUUAGCUUCACAGUAAACCCCUCUGGUGUGGUCCAUAUGUAACAUAUUGUGUCAUGUCUCGUACCAACAGAGAAGGCAGAUGACAUCCCAGGCCCAGUGAUCUGGACUGGAGAGGAUGAUUCUGUGUUCCUCCGCUGGCCUGAACCCUCGUCCCCCAAUGCACUCAUCCUCAUGUAUGAGAUCAAGUUCAGACUGGGCACUGAGUCAGAGAAGCAUGAGUGUGUGUCUCGCCAGCUGUAUCGAGAGCAGCAUGGUGCCAGGCUCAGUAACCUUGGACCUGGUAACUACUCUGCCCGGGUCAGAGCCACCUCCCUGGCUGGCAACGGGUCCUGGACUGAACCCAUCUCCUUCUAUGUGGUACAGGCCCAACGUUAUGAGAACUCUCUCUACAUCAUGAUCUUUGUUCCCAUGGUAGCAGUCCUGAUCAUCUGUCUCCUGGCCUCGUUCACCAUCAUCAACAGGAAGAAGAACAGUGACAGACUGGGGAAUGGAGUUCUGUAUGCAUCAGUCAACCCUGAAUACUUCAGCGCUGCAGAGAUGUAUAUACCAGAUGAAUGGGAGGUGUUGAGGGAGAAGAUCACGAUGAACAGAGAGCUGGGUCAGGGGUCGUUUGGCAUGGUGUACGAGGGCGUUGCUAAGGGAGUAGUCAAGGACGAGCCAGAGACGUGUGUGGCCAUUAAGACGGUGAACGAGUCUGCCAGCAUGAGAGAGAGAAUAGAGUUCCUCAAUGAAGCUUCUGUCAUGAAGGAGUUCAACUGUCAUCACGUGCGGGAGUUCAGUUGCUGCGAAAGCCCUGCCAGUGGCUGGCUGAGUCUGUGUGGCUGCUAUUGA